GUUCUAUAAAACGCAUAUAAAACUUAAGAGAACCGUGCAGAGACUCGCAACAGCUUGUGAGAUAUUCAACAACCAUGAAGGGUCUGACAGUUUUGCUUCUUCUCUACCAAAUGGCGCUCGUUAAUUGUGCGUUCAAUCUUUAUGGGUCAAUGGACGACGCCCGCGACGCGAUAAUGUCAUUUUAUGAUCCUGUGCACAUCGAGAAAACGUCUCUUGCGAGGCCACCACCUGUAUUGAAGAAAGUGCCUUCCUCUGGCGGCGGUUGGAGAAGAAGAACCUACUCAAUAAGGAAAAAAUUCACUCGUAAACCAACGCUUUUGAAGAAGAAACGAGUUUCAUUAAAUAAAUUUAGAAUAGCUAAGAUGGACAUCAACAUGCACAUCAAGAAAACGUCUCUUGCCAGGCCACCACCUGUAUUGAAGAAAGUGCCUUCCUCUGGCGGCGGUUGGAGAAGAAGAACCAACUCAAUGAGGAAAAAAUUCACUCGUAAACCAACGCUUGUAAAGAAGAAACGAGUUUCAUUAAAUAAAUUUACAGAAGCUAUGGAGGACAUUGAGAGGGCCUUGGCCAAUGCUCAAUUGAUCAGACAGGUCCAGAAAUCAAGAUGGAUUAAAAUUGUUAAAGUGACACUUAUGUUUGCCAUUGAUGACACUGGGAGCAUGAGAGAAGAAAUUCAGGGUGCGAAGAAUUUAGCCACAGCUAUUGUGAACAUGCAGCGAGACAGAACCAGUGGAUUAUAUCUUGUCGCCUUUGAUCAGUAUGUUUUAGGCACUGGUCCGGUCACAUAUUGUGAUGAAACGGAAAAAGGCAAAUUUCUCAAUGCGAUUUCCUCAUUGACGCCUCAUGGUGGAGGAGACUGUCCUGAGUUGACGUUCACUGGUAUGAUUAAUGCCAUUGAUGAAGGUCCUCAGCCCGAUUCUCCACUUUACGUGUUUACUGAUGCCGGACCAAAAGACGCCAACGAUGAUAAAAUUAAUUAUUUAUCGGAAAUCGCCCAAGCUGAAGGACAUGUCGUGAAUUUUUUCUUUGUGAAAAACACGGGAUGUUCUAGGAAUGCUGACAUUACGUCCUUUCAUAAAAUAGCUGAAAAGACGACCGGUCAAGUGUUUGAAUUGCAAAAUGCGGCCGAAUUGAAUGCAUUGACCGGUCUUACUGCUACUUCGCUUGGCGGGACAGCGGUCGUUCGUAGCGUUAGUUACCAAGCCACGUCACGUAAAAAGAGAAGUUCGACAAAACAAAGUAAUACUUACACCAUCACAGUUGAUGAUUCUAUCGACACAAUGGUCAUUGCCGUAACCGCUGAUCAAAUUUAUGGAAGCGCGAAUUCUUGGAGUGUAUCGCUGACCUCUCCCACAGGAUCGCUCGUGGGCGUCACGACCAGCAGUUUAAACCAAGGGAGAAUUUAUCAAAUCUCAAAUCCGAAUGUGGGAAUAUGGAAUUUAGGAAUGCAAUCGAGACCGGACGUGAACUAUGAUAUUUCAGUAAAGGGAGUGAGUACAGAUAAUAUUGACUUCGAAGUUUAUUUUGUUCGAACGACCUCUCGUCGUGGAGUACGGACCACAUUCCCGAUAUCAUCUCCUAUAUUAGGUGUUCAAGCUGAAGCAAUUUUAACUGUUGGAGGAAUCUCUCAUGUCAACAAGAGCAGUUUGAGAGCAGAACUUGUGACGCUGCGUGGUGACGUCAUCACGACAACAAGACCAACGUCAUUGUCCCCAAAAGAUAGCAAAGGGAUUCGGCAUUCAUUCAAAUUCCAUCCACCAAAUCAAAUUUUCAAAAUUAAAUUGAAAGGUCUCACAAAGAAAGGCAAUUCGUUUGAGCGCAUUUCUCAUUCACCUAUAAAAACAGAAACAUUGAUAGUGAAAGUAUUGUUCGCAAGAAACGAUUACACAUUGAAACAAGGAAACACGUGUUAUAUAAUAUUCACUGUCCAGAACUUUGGGAACAAUGAGGUCGUCGAUUUCAAAUCGCUUGGAAACUUGGGAACAGUCGAAAGACAGUCUAGAAAGUUCGGACGCAUACGUAAAGGUCGGACGACAUCGUUUGCCGUCACGUUCCGAGGAAAACCGAAAGCCACCUCAGGUAUGACUGUUACAGUCGUAGUGUCUGUGACAGGAAGAAGUUCUGGUUCAGUAGCAACCAUGUCCGUACCAUUGCUGGUUGUUUAAUGAUUCAACGAAUGAAAACUUAUUGUAAUUGUUAAUAUAACCAUCUAGUUAGCAGCAGAAAUCUUGCAUUAUGCUUGACGGAAAUCGUGUUUUGUUAUAUGAUAGUAAGAAAUAAUUGGAUAUAUAAUAGUAAAUUAGUAAUAAAUACAAAGAGAAAAA